CCAUUUCGCCCCCGGGAGCAGCCGAACAGCUCACCCCUCUCCCCUGGGCGAACCCAGCAAUGCAGUGUUACCCCUCUCUCGGUGUCAGCUCGUCUCGGAGCUGGACCCCAGCCUCCUCCUAUAAAACCUCCCGGCCGCACCCUCGCUUCCAUUGCCAGCUACCAGAAUUCUGAACCAACAAGCCACGAGAGAGAGAGAGAGAUCCAUCGAUCGAGGAGGGAGGCGGCAAUGGAUUGUGAGCGAGUAAUGAACAACCACCGCAACGGCCACGAGGGUGACGCCGCGGAGUGGAAGCAGGUGGCCGAGCUGAGGGCCGUCGCCGAGGUGCAUGACCCCGCGUGCAAGGAGGAGGAGGACUUGAUGCUGCGCCGCUUCCUGCGCGCCCGCGACCACAACAUCGGCAAGGCGUCGGCUAUGCUGCUCAAGUACCUCAAGUGGAAGCCGGCGGCGAAGCCCAACGGGUUCAUCUCCGAGGAGGAGGUGGCGAACGAGCUCGCCCAGGACAAGCUCUACCUGCAGGGCUACGACAAGCUGGGCCGCCCCAUGAUCUACGGCUUCGGCGCCAGGCAUUUCCCCUCCAGGCGCGACCUCGACGAGUUCAAGCGCUAUGUGAUAUACGUGCUCGACAAGACCGUCUCCAGGCUGCCGAGGGACCAAGAGAAGUUUGCAGCCGUGGCGGACCUCAAAGGCUGGGGCUACUCCAACUGCGACAUCCGGGCCUACCUUGCAGGGCUGGAGAUCAUGCAGAAUUACUACCCGGAGAGGCUGGGGCGAGUGUUCCUGAUCCACGUCCCGUACGUGUUCAUGGCGGCCUGGAAGAUCGUCUACCCCUUCAUCGACGACAACACCAAGAAUAAGUUCGUGUUCGUGUCAGACAAGGAGCUGGACAAGACGCUCCGAGAGGCCAUUGACGAGAGCCAGCUGCCGGAGAUGUACGGCGGGAAGCUAAGGUUCGUGUCAGCAGCAGCCAACUGAGAAGAGAGAGACCCAGUGAAGGGGUUCAAGAGCUACCCCUAUCGAGUAGUACGUGUUAUAGUAGACGCUCGAGUGUCAGAGCACUACCGGCAGCUAAGCAAAUUAGCAAUUGAUCGAUGUGAACCACCACUCUUCUUCUUCGUUUUUUCCAUCUCCGUGGCCGAUCGACUACAUCAUGAUGUAGAGUAGAAGACACGGAGAGAUGGUUUCUGUGUAUCCCCUCCCUGUAUUUUAAAGCGUCUAGUGUAUUCAGACGGCGCCAAUAAGGAAGGUUACUGGUAGCCGCCGGCUAACUGCAGCAUCAUGGAAGCCUGUGAUUUGAAUGUACA